AUGCCUCAUCCUGCAGGAGCCAUCAUCGUGGUCAGCAUCCUAGUUGCCGCCGGCAUAGCCGCGUAUGAAAGCGAUAACAUCAGAGACUGGGUGGAGCGUACGAAAGAGAAGAUCACGACUAGCUUGAACAAGAUUAGCGAUGACUUCCGACCGAAACGUGCAAUCGCGAUGCGCACUAUGCAAAGAGAUGCUUCCAUGAUGGAAGACACAGGCGAUGCUGCAAGAGCCAAGCGAGAUGAGGUGAAGGCGCAGCUGGCAGAAAGGGCCCGUAUCCUUGAAGCAAAAGCGAGGAGGAAGCGAGACUUAUCAUUGGAGCCACUGUCGCCGAGUUUCGACGCCUUAGUCGACGAGGAUGGCAAAUUGCGCGGUAGCCCAGAAUCACCUCGAACACCUACGGCUGCCACAUCUGCGUUCGAGACAACCGAGAAGGCAGGGGAGCUUCGUUCGAGGAAUCCAGCUAGCCGUGGGCCUGGGGAAUUUUCUCGUCAACUGCCAGUGACACAGCAAAAUGUUGCCGAUCUAGAGCGUGAGAUGCGAAGCACAUUCAAUAUCCCCAUCCCAGAUCCCAGGAGUGCUUUCCCGCCUUCAACCCACCCUUCAGAGAGCUUACUCGAUCUUACUCCUACGACUGAGGACUUCCCGGACCCGGACAUCUCGAUCCCUUCAGCAGAUUCCCGGGAAAACAGAACACGUAGAUCAGACUACUUUUCCGCCGCAGACUCCUCGCGUACCGUUUCAGAUGCAGAACCACAGUUCUACUAUGCUCAUCCUUCCCGCCCUUACGAGCCGCUUGAACCUCGAUCUCAAAUACUGAGUCCAGCUGCGGUAGAUGUUUCCAUUUCGUCCGCACCUAGUGUGGCAGGAAGCACGUCCAUAGUACAUCCAAGCGAUGUGGAUCUGAGUGAUGACGACUUAUUGAGCGAACCAGAUGGCGUUCGAACUCCAGCGAGUGCGUGGACAGAGGUGGGAAGUUCAGUCAGCGGGGAUGAUAGACUUAUGCAUUGA